CCAUGAACUUCAAAAACCCUAAAACAAAGAAAAGGUGCUGUUUUUACGAGGCAAAAUCUGAAAAUGAAAUGAAAAAAAAUCCAUCAAAACAUCUCGAUUCUCAACGCGGAAGAGAAAACGCCAAGUACCCACUACUCUCGAAAAGGGUCCCUGUCUCCGUUCUUCUUCUUCUUCUUCUUCUUCUUCUUCUUCUUGUUCUUCUUGUUCGUCGUUUUGAAAAGUUAGAACUUUGGCCAUGGAUUCCAGUGAUAUCAUUUCCUUGCUCUUUGCCAAGAUCAGACCACUAGAACCAGAAAACGCUUCGAAGAUCAUUGGGUACCUGUUGUUGCAGGACUUGGGUAAGGAAGAUUUGGUGCGUUUGGCUUUUGGACCAGUCACUCUGUUGCAGUCGGUCUGUCAGAAAGCCAAAACCCACUUGGGUCUUUCGUCGGAUACCCCGUCUACGCCGCCGCCAUUGAACGCUCCACCGAGCUCGAGUCCGUUUCACAACGUUUCGUCGCUGCCCGGUUCGUCUUCGGUCGCCGAUGAUGUCGGUGAUGCGAGCAGAAGCGGCGAUUUCCUCGAUGAGCAACAACUCAGCGACUGUUUGUCAUUCCUCAACGAUUCCUCCGCGAAGAAUGACGAAGUUGCGGAUCCUUUUGGGUCCUCUGACAGCAAUGACGAUUCCCAUUUUCAUAGAAGGAGUUUCUCAGCCAGUGAUGCUUGUCUCGGGUCCGAGGAUUCUGGUGUUGGCUACGAUUAUAGGUUCUCGCCCUCCGGUUACUGCGACAAUUUCGAUGGGCGUGGUUGUUACGGGUCGCCGAGUAAGAUGGGUUAUAUUAAUCGGCAACAGGAGGAGAUGAUGAAAAUGAAGGUCGCUCAUCAGCAGCGGAUGGCGGCUGCUCAGUUCAUGUCGGUCGGAGUUUCGCCAUUGCCGCAUGACAAGGGCCUCGAUUUCCGCUUGCAUCCGCGAAAUGCUCAUAUACAACAGCCAGGACAAAUUGGCGAAGAGGGUCCCUGGUAUGGUAGUCCGGGCAGGCAUGAAAGGGGAGAUUUUGUGGGGGAUAAGUUUAAUUCAGUCGCUAGACAGAUAUAUUUGACAUUCCCCGCUGACAGCUCCUUCACAGAUGAAGACGUCUCCAGUUAUUUCAGCAAAUUUGGGCCAGUUCAAGAUGUGAGAAUUCCAUUCCAGCAAAAACGGAUGUUUGGGUUUGUCACUUUCGUCCAUGCUGAAACAGUGAGAACGAUAUUGGCUAGAGGGAAUCCUCAUUUCAUCUGUGACUCACGUGUUCUUGUUAAACCAUACAAGGAGAAAGGAAAAAUCCUCGAGAGCAGAAGGCAGCAGCAGAUGGAGAGACGAAACUUUUCUCCUUGUUCAAGCCCUUCAGGGAUUGAUUCCACAGAUCUAUCCGACUGUCACUUGGGACCAAGGAUGUUUUCUAACAGGCAGGAGAAGCUGAGAAGAGAAGCCGAGCAAGCUGAUUUGCAACAUGCCAUUGAACUCCAAAGGAGAAGGUUUGUGAAUCUGCAGCUGCCCAACUUGGAGAAUGAGUCCAUGUACCGUCACCAGCAUAGUCUUUCUGUUGGCUCUCCUCUUCUUUAUCCUUCUCAUGUCAAUCAAAACAUUCCCCUUCGAUCAGAAAGCAUCAAUGAAGAAAUCAUCAAAGGCAAUAAUGACACAAGAGACAGAGAUCCUGACUCAGAAGCAAACAGAGCCUAUCAGAAUGACACUGCUGAUAACAGGAGCCGAGAAUCUGGCUAUGAUGGCGAAGCCUGUGACAUGAACAAAAGUGAAACCCGCCAGCCCGAGUCUGAGAAAGAGAAAUGCAUGAAAGAAAAGUAGGGACCGAUAAGCAGAAAGUAGAAGAAGAAUCGUCUAUAUGUAAAGCGUUUUUUAACCGCAACAAGAAAGAAGGGUGGAGAGACAGUAGGAUUACAAAUGCGGAACAUCAUCUGCAAUAGGAUUACUACCACUAACCUCGUUUAAGACAUGGAUUCUCAGAAGGAUAAAGUACCCGAGACUCUGAAGUAGGUUUUUCUUGUCAUCUUUUUCUUUCCCAUGCAAUCUCUUCGGUUUUACCAUCUCUGUACCGCACCGUUUUAACCUGGCCUGCCUGGUUCUGGAGAAUACUGCAUUUCUUCGCCAUAGUUUUACGUGUAAAAUGCGUGUAAUUUCCAGCGUUUCUUUUGGUUUAUGAACCUCUCUGUUUUCAGUAUCA